AUUACUUUCAAGCAGCAUGAACUGGUUGAAAAUUAUUGAGGAUCUGAGCUUCAGAAAACUAAUAUGUGGUUCAAAGUGCCCAGACAAACUAAACUAUGACUUUAACAAAAACGGUGAGCUUAGGCAUGCAGAUACCAAUGAACCUUUUGUUUUUCAUUAUAACAAUUCCCAUGACAGUAAUCAUAAACGUUAUGAAGUUCUUGGACACUUAAUCACCCAGUAUGUUUAUGAACUUCUGGAACAGGUUUGCAAACUGCAAAAAAUUUACAUCCCAAUAGAUGUUCUAGAUAAUGAGCCUAAGAGUUUCUUUUUCAUGAGUGAGAAUGCAUUAGGAAAUGGUGUGACUCUAGUUGUUCUUCUUCAAGACCGGGGAGUCUUUCGUGCUGGUCAGUGGGAUCAAAAGGCCAUAAUCCAUGAAGGGCUCCAACAUGGAACUCAGAUACCAUUAAUUACAAUGGCUCUGCAGUACAGUUGGGAAGUGAUUGUGUUAAAUCCCAACGACAAUUUCCUUGAUCUGAAGACAGAAAACGAAGAAUCCUGUUGUGUUUUAAAGUCAUCACAUGUAAUCCCCAAAAGAUGCAACAGCAGCCCUGAAGAGCAUACAACAUAUGUUUGGGACCAUUUCAUUUCAAAGAAUACAGCUGGGAAGGUGGCUUUCAUUGCUCACGGCUAUGGAGGAUUGGUUUUCAUUAACUUACUCAUGCAAAGAACUUUUGACGUUAUGAACAAGGUGUACGCUGUUGCUCUUGUUGACUCUACUCACCACACAUUGCACCAGACACAAGGUAAUUGCCAGGUGCAGGAAUGGAUCCAGAAGCAUUGCAGGAAAUGGAUAUCAAAUAAUAAACCUCUAGAUAAAGUAGUCGGCCGCUCUAUGAAAACAGAUUGCCCUACAGUCUCUGCAGGAACUGAAAAACAUAGUCUUGCUCCUUCCUUUACUCUGCAGUCCAUUUUCAAAUAUCUUAAGAAUGAACUGAAAGUCAGCACUAAAGCACACUACAUUCGUUCUCCUGUAGCAACAAGUAGAAAAGUCAUGAAAAAAAACUGA